GGACUGGCCAAUAUGAUGCAAACGCGCAUGUCUAUAUAAGACUCGUGUUACCCCCUGGGUAUUGCGGUUAUUAUAAGCUAUAGUGCGUCGACUCUGAGCCACUCUUCAUUUGACUUCUCACAAGCUUAGACGGAAUUCUCCCGCAUUGUAUCCAGAACCUCGCAAUGGCCGGCAUCGUGGACGCUGCAACCUUGAAAAGAUCAGAGAAGGUCUUCAAAGUCUUUGACUUGAACGAUGACAAGAUGAUCAGCAACGAGGAACUUGCUGUUGUUUUUCUCUCAGCAGCAAGUCAUCGCAUGGGCUACCGUAUCAAAACCGAACAGCUCGAGGCACUAGUCCAAAAGUUUAAAUUGGGCACAGGUGCUGAGAUAUCAUUUCAAGAUUUUCUCAAAGUCAUCCCUGGAAACACUACGGAUUUUACAGUCGAGGACCAUAGGAAAGCAUCUGUACGUAACAAGUUCUCUGAAGCCGAAGAAAAUAAGACCUAUCUGAGAGGCAUCUUCAACCAAUAUGAUGCCGAUGGCAACGGAUUUAUCGACCACAAUGAGGCUACCACAAUCUUGAAAAGUUUUGGCUUUGAAGAGAAAGAAAUUGACAAACUGAUCAAAGACCACGACACAAACAAUGAUGGCAAGUUAGAUUACGAAGAAUUCAUUUCCUUCUGGGGCCAUACUCAUUAAGUCUAUAAACACUAGCCUUUCAUUUGUGUGUCUUGAUAAACAUAUGGACAAUAGGAUAACUUACGUCUCAUUAGUCACACAACGUACACAGAAUACGAUGGACAAGUCCAAAACCUUUGAAUGUGAUUUCCGACAUUGCGAGGUCAUUUUGCAUCCACUGUAUAUAAUUGAAGAGUCAUUACUGGACAUUAUACAUCCACGGUAUCUUUACGAAGAGUCAUAAGUGGACUUUAUACUAUACAUUCAUGGUACAUAAAUGAAGAGUCAUCAUUGGAUUUUAUACAUUCAUAGUAGUUUUUACAAAAGUUGUUACGUCAUACAUGACGCUAAUAUGGCCUGCUGCGCCAUCUACGCAUUCUUGUAUAUUCUAGUUUUCACCCCACAGCUAGCUGUUACAAGAAAGAACCAGUCGAUUAGUUGAGGUUUUUACACUCAUUCUCUGUAACCAUGGAUGUUUUUAUUCAAUGGGCUAAUGUAAUCUACGUGUACGUGUAUAUUACGUGUAACUUACGUGCAGGGCGUUGUUGAUACGAUAUUUGAGGUGUGUCUCAAUUGAGACUUUGGGCACCUGUUCCUUCAUCCCAAUUGUUUGUUAAUAUUUUAACCGUUCUUUUGUAACAUUCAAAAAUAUGAAAAAUAAAAUUAAAAAAUAUGUUACCCUA